AUGAAUGUGAAGAGAAAUGGAUCCUUAAGAAGUGUUGCGUUCGUGGCCGUGACGUUCUCAACAGUUGCUGUAACUGCAGUGCUCAUCGCAUUCCCUCUUGUUUUUCAUUAUGUUCAGACACUACAAGCUUCCGUUCAAGGAGAGGUGGAAUAUUGCAAAUCUCGAUCCAGAGAUAUGUGGCGAGAGAUGGUUGAAGUGGCACCAGAAGGACCAGACGAUCCAUUAGACAUUCUUCUUCGUGCAACUCGUCAGUCCGAAGCCCAGUGUUGCACUUGCCAGCAGGGACCACCAGGACCAGAUGGUGAACCAGGUUUACCUGGAAAGGACGGAGAACCGGGAGUGGGGCCAGGAGAGCCUGGACCACCAGGACCUGACGCGGAGCUUCACGAUCGCCUUCUUCCAGUUCCUCCACAGUGUCCAUGUGUUUCCGCUCCAGGACUUGCUGGACCACCGGGACCACCAGGACAAGAUGGACUUCCAGGCAACCCAGGGCGCAAUGGAGAAGACGGAGCUCCAGGACCACAGGGACCAGCUGGACCACCAGGGCCUCCAGGACAGCCAGGACGACCGGAACAACGCGGACCACCAGGAGAACCAGGAGUUCUGCUUCCAGGAGACGAAGCUCCACCAGGUCCACCAGGAGCUCCAGGUCGCCCAGGGGCCCCGGGACAGCCAGGAAAGCCUGGAACGCCUGGACAUGAUGGUGCUAACGGAGAACCAGGACCAACCGGGGAGCCGGGUCAGCGCGGGCCCCCAGGGCCACCGGGACAGGCUGGAUCUCCAGGAGCGCCAGGAGAGGCCGGAUCUCCAGGAUCCUGCGAGCAUUGUCCACCAGCUCGCCUUGCGCCAGGAUACUAA